UCUUAGAUUUUACUUCUAAACUUCCAUGGAGAGUCAACAUUUCUACUACUCCCUACUCUUGCUAGCUAUCUUUCUCCUCUCCAAACAUUUCCUCUAUAGGACCAAAAAUCUUCCACCUAGUGGUCCUCUAAGCUUACCCAUCAUCGGCCAUCUCUACCUCUUCAAACAACCACUGCAUCAAACCCUAGCAAACAUUUCUGUCCAAUUCGGCUCCGUCUUACUACUCCGAUUUGGUUCUCGCCGUAUCCUCCUUGUCUCCUCGCCGGCGGUGGCAGAAGAAUGCCUUUCAACCAAUGACAUUAUCUUUGCCAACCGACCUCGUCUCCUCGCCGGAAAACACCUUGGUUACAAUUACACCAGCCUAGUUUGGGCUCCUUAUGGCCCUCACUGGCGCAACCUUAGACGCAUGGUUAGUCUUCAAAUCUUCUCUUCAAAUCGUCUCCAAAUGUUCUCUAGCAUUCGAGCCAAUGAACUAAAAUUCCUAAUAAGAAAGCUUAUAGGAGAUUCAUGUGAAAGAGUUGAAUUGAAAUCGAAAUUUUUCGAGUUAACCCUUAAUGUUAUGAUGAUGAUGAUAGCUGGAAAAAGGUAUUAUGGAAGUAAUGAAGAGGAAAUAGAGGAAGCAAGGCAGUUUAGAGAGAUUGUUAAAGAAACUUUUGCUUUGGCUGGUGCUUCUAAUAUUGGAGAUUUUUUACCAGUUUUGAGAUGGAUUGGAUUUAAGGGAUUAGAGAAGAGAUUGAUGAGAUUACAGCAAAAGAGAGAUGGGUUUAUGCAAGGAUUGAUUAAACAGCAAAGGAUGGAAAGAAUGAGUUCUUCUUCUUCUUCUUCUUCUUCUUCAGAUGGCUUUGGACAGAGAAAGAAGAGUUUAAUAGAUGUUUUGCUAUCACUGCAAGAAACUGAACCAGAGUAUUAUACUGAUGAGAUCAUCAUAGGCAUCAUAUUGGUAUUGCUAGCAGCUGGAACUAGUACUACAGCAGAAACCAUGGAAUGGGCAAUGUCACUUCUACUAAACCAUCCAGAAGUCCUCAAGAAGGCGCAAACGGAGAUCGAUAUCCACGUGGGACAAAAUCGACUACUUGAUGAAUCCGAUUUGGCUAAUCUUCCAUACCUCCAUUGCAUCAUCAAUGAAACACUUAGAAUGUACCCAGCAGGCCCUCUAUUAGAACCUCAUGAAUCCUCAAAAGAGUGUACUGUAGGAGGUUUUACAAUCCCACGUGGCACGAUGCUAUUGGUGAAUGCAUGGGCCAUACAAAAUGACCCCAAGAUAUGGGUGGAACCUACAAAGUUCAAACCAGAAAGGAUGGAAGGAAUUGAAGGGCAAAGGGAUGGGUUCAAGCUUAUGCCUUUUGGUUCAGGUAGGAGGGGUUGCCCUGGUGAGGGUGUGGCCAUGCGUUUGAUUGGGUUGGCUUUGGGCUCAUUGAUUCAAUGCUUUGAGUGGGAGAGCGUUGGAGAAGAAAUGGUGGACAUGGAAGAAGGAACAGUGGGGCUCACCUUGCCCAAAGCUCACCCCUUGGAAGCUAAAUGUAAACCACGCCCAGCCAUGUUGAACAUCCUUUCUCAACUUUGAUGACUUUUCACA